GGAUCACUCACAGUCAAGUCCACGCGCCCAUCGUCGUAGACACGCCACGUACGUCGAUCGAUCAUCCGCCUCAGGUAGCGCGGCCGCGACUCCCGGCUACACCCCGCCCGUUUUAGACUGAGUGGAUCAAGUCAAGGUUGACGACGGAGCACUACUAGUAAAUAAUCUCGUGGAAGCUAGUAGGAGCAAGGCACGUAACUAGCAGUACUAACAGCAAUUAUGUAGGUAGGUAGGUAACAAGCAGAGGUGAAAGUCUUUUCGAUUUUCUAGAGCUUCUAACAAAAAGCUGGGCAGCAGUUCCCAAGCCUAGAUAGGUUGUUGGUUGGACGUACGGUUAUAAAAGGAACCUCGUAGUGACAUCCGCAGCUGGCCGGGAAGCAACAAGCAGCCAAACGCUGUACGCGCACUGCUGCUGCAGUGCUGCACAGAGUACGUAAUUCUGCGGGAGUGAGGAGCAGGGGAGGCUCUUGUUUCGCGCAGCAGAGGAUCGGAAGCGAAGACGACGCCGGCGGCGCGCGGCCAGGGAGAUGGCGGCACAUCAGCAUGGUACGGCCGGCCGGGGUGGUGGUGGUGGUAGCAUGGAGAUCUUCCCCUACAGCUACAGCAGCGGCCGCGACCUGGAGCUGGUGGACCUGCCGGCGGAACCGGUGGACGUGAAGCGCCAGGACUCGCUCUACCGCGACGCCACCAUGCCGGCGCACCACGGCCACAACGGACAGGAGAGCUGGGUCCGGACGCUACGGCUGGCGUUCCAGUGCGUGGGCAUCCUGUACGCCGACCUCGGCACCUCGCCGCUCUACGUGUACGCCAACACCUUCAAGUACGGCGUCCACCACGAGGACGACGUCCUCGGCGUCCUGUCCAUCAUCAUCUACAGCUUCGUCCUCUUCACCAUGAUCAAGAUCGUCUUCAUCGCCCUCUACGCCAACGACGACGGCGACGGUGGCACGUUCGCGCUCUACUCGCUCAUCUCGCGCUACGCCAAGGUGUGCCUCAUCCCGAACCAGCAGGCGGAAGACGAGCUCGUGUCGAGGUACAAGCAUCGCAGCAAGCCGUCGGCGACGCUUCGGAGAGCCCAGUGGAUGAAGGACCUGCUGGAGACCAGCAAGACUGCAAAGGUCUCGCUCUUCUUCCUCACCAUCCUCGCCACGGCGCUCGCCAUCAGCGACUGCAUGCUAACCCCUCCGAUAUCAGUACUCGCAGCUGUCAACGGACUCAAGCUGAGAGCACCGCAUCUGACUACAGAUGAGACUGUGUGGAUCACAGUGGGCAUUCUGGUGGUUUUCUUCGCGGUCCAGCGCUUGGGCACCGACAAGAUCGGCUACACGUUCGCGCCGGUGGUCUUCGUGUGGCUCCUCCUCAUCUCCGGCAUCGGGCUCUACAACACGGUCAAGUACGACGUCAGCACGCUGAAGGCUUUCAACGCCAAGUACAUCGUCGACUACUUCCGAAGGAACAAGAAGAAAGGGUGGGUUUCGCUGGGUGAAAUCCUCCUCUGCUUCACAGGCACUGAAGCUCUCUUCGCUGACCUGGGAUACUUCAGCAUCAGAUCUAUACAGCUAAGCUUCACCUUCGGCUUGUUACCUUCAGUGAUGCUGACGUACAUUGGGCAAGCGGCAUACAUGAGGAAACACAUAGACACGCUUGACAUAUCCAACGUUUUCUUCCAAUCCAUUCCAAGAUCUUUGUUUUGGCCAACUUUCGUCCUGGCUCUCAUCACGUCGGUCAUCGGAAGCCAAGCCAUGGUCUCGUGUGCCUUCGCAACCAUGUCUCAUCUACAGGCGCUCAACUGUUUCCCGAGGGUUAAGAUUCUGCACACGUCAAGGCGUUACUCAGGCCAGCUCUACAGCCCCGAAGUGAACGUCUUCCUCUGCAUUGCCGCCUGCGUCGUCACCGUAAGCUUCAGGACGACAGGUUUCAUAGCCAAAGCACACGAGAUCUGCGUGGUCCUCGUGAUGGUGAUCACGACGCUCCUGAUGACAAUAGUGAUGCUGCUGGUGUGGAAGGUGAACAUCUGGUGGAUCGCCGUGUUCUUCGCCGUGUUCAUGUCGACGGAGUGCGUGUACACGGCCGCGGUCCUGUACAAGUUCACCCACGGGCCGUACGUGCCGCUGGCCAUGUCGGCCGUCCUCAUGUUCGUCAUGGCCGUGUGGCACUACGUGCACGUCAAGCGGUACAGGCACGAGCUGGAGCGCACCGUGUCGCGGGACGCGGCCAGGGACCUGCUGGAGCGCGGGGACCUCAAGAGGGUCCCGGGGCUGGGCCUCUUCUACACCGAGCUGGUGCAGGGGAUCCCGCCCAUCUUCCCUCACCUCGUCGGCAAGAUCCCCACCAUCCACUCCGUCGUCGUCUUCAUCACCGUGAAGAGCCUGCCGGUGCCCCACGUCCACGUCACGGACCGCUUCCUCUUCCGCCAGGUCGAGCCCAAGGAGUUCAUGGUGUUCCGUUGCGUGGCGAGGUACGGGUACCGCGACGCGCUCGAGACGGCCGCUGAUUUCGUCAGCGUCCUCGUCGAGUACCUCCAGUACUACGUCAGGGACCUCAACCUCUACGGGGUUGUCGGUGAUGAGCCGUUCAAGAUCGUCUUCCACAGUGCUCGGGUGGACAGCUUUUCUUGGGAGAAGCACUCGUCGGGACAUGCUGUCUAUGCCGAGGAGAUGCUCACACCAGCCCAGUCCUUCUCCGAGCUCACAAUGCAUCCGGUCUCCAUGAGCAGUAGACUGGCACAUUUCCAGACAGGGAAAAUGAACCUGGAGGAGAUGUUGAAGAUCGAGGAAGAUCAAAAGAUCAUCCAACGCGAGGUGGACAACGGUGUUGUUUACAUAAUUGGGGAGAGUGAAGUAGUAGCCAAGCCUCAUUCCAACUUGUUCAAGAAGAUUAUUGUCAACUACGUCUACAGCUUCCUAAGGAAGAACUCAAGGAAUGGAGAGAAGAUGCUAUCAAUUCCAAGAGGCCAACUGCUUAAGGUUGGAAUAACAUAUGAGAUCUAAGGUCGCACAUAGACUAUAUAUAUAUUUGACUAGAACGAUGUCUUUUCCUUCCAUGUGGAUAUGUGAUUGUAAUUAAUCUUCGCAACGUGCAUAUAUGAAAAUCAAUAUAUAUUUCAAUGCUGGAAGGAUUAAGAUCA